UAAGCACAAUUUGCAGCCAAGUCGCCAAGCAGCGGACCAAGACCAACCAAGCACGAAGCCGUAAAGUUGAGUUGACAAGUUUACGCUCGUGCGGAAUCGAAGCAGCGUUGAUCAGCUCAUUAAGAGUUGUCCGUCGUCUGGGUAGUUGGUGGCAUACAGAACGUGUGAACCAAAUAACUGUGCUUGAACCAGAAUGGCGGACUCAAAAUAUGCUGGACUACCCGGAAUUGCGCAUGAUCAGCCAGAUGUAUACGAAACCGACGAAUUGCCUGAAGCGGAACAAGUUAUUUCGGACGCUUAUGUGGACCAGUCGGACAGCGUGGAGAAAUUGUCACUUUCCGCAACGGACGCCUACAAUCGGUUUAAGGGCUGCAUUGUGGACAACUCUGCAUCGGAUUUCACUGAAGGGAUUUCGCGGACCCAUGCGAGAGGCUACGACGUCAUCUCGGGAGAGUGGGAGAUGGCUGGCGAUAAGGAGAAAGAAUCCCCAGAACAGAAGUGGAGAAGACUGCAGUGUGAAGUGAAGGAGCUUAUCACUGACGUUGAUGCCAUCAAGGAAUCCAUUCAAGAAGGUGACAAGCAAGGCAGUGGUAUUGCACCAGGACAACUGCUGCAGAGCGUGGCACAGAUGCAGAAGAUGCUUUUGGAUUUGAACCUUGAACAUACACUUGGACCAGAUGCCCUUUUCUGUCUCUCCGAUCCUCAGGCUGCCCUCAGGAAGAAAAUGUUUGCCCAACUGGAAAUGCUAAAGGCUGGCUCCAGCUCCAAGGGAGAUUCACCUGCAGUGCCACCUACCAGAGGUCAUCCCACUGUUCCUGCUGGGGGCUUUGCCUACGAGCUCUACUAUCGACCUGAAUACUCUAAACUGCAAGAGACUGCCAAGCUUGCUAUGCUGGAAGAUCGGAUUAAGAAGUUGGAAAAUAUAGUGGGCUUCGACAGCCAAAAGCUGGCUAUGUUGACAGGACCAACCAAUGGGAAGUCACUCAUUGAAGUAGCCAACCACUUGUCUUCCAAGCUGUUCCUGUUGGAGGCUCCAAACAUUGAGCAAGUAGAAGCGCGUCUGCUUGUUCUUCAGCAGCGUCUGCAGCAGCUGUCUGAGAAACGCGUUUUGCAAGAAGAUGCGGACAGACAGAGCAAGGUGAACGAGCUGUAUGAGCUCCUCCGCAAAGCAGACACUCUGAGCGAUUCCCUACCCCGUGUCGUGGAACGGCUUGUUUGCUUGCAAGACAUCCAUGAACAAGCUCUUCACUUUAGCAAGGCCCUGAACCAGCUGGACCUUGUGCAGCAACAUUUGUCCUUGGGAUUGAAGAAUAAUGACAAGAGUCUCAGCGAUGUUCAGAAGAACUUUGUUCAAAACAUUGAGACCAUCAACAAGAACAUCAGUCUGCUUGAGAGCAAACUAUCUCAGCUGAAAAAGUGACAUGUUUCUGCUCCUACUGACGUGUUUCUUACUGUGAUGUGCAACCCAGCUAUUUAUGGAAUUAAAAUGUUUACAUCCAUA